CCACGGGCACCAACCUGCUAGCUGAGCAAUGAGUAACCGCAUCUCUGACCUGGACUUGAAAACGCGUUAUUGUAAAUGUACAGUUCACCGGAGCGGAGAUUUGACCCCGGGCUGUGUGAUGCUCUUCCGACCGGUGUCGGUGCUCGUUCCCGGUGCUUUAGCACAGUUAGCAUCAGUGUAGCUCAGCGGGGCUCGUGCAGGCAGGCUGCGCUUCGUUGGCUCGCUUGUUUGCACGCUGAACGGAGGUAAUGUUUACUGACUUCAUUUACUUUCACCAACCCAGUAUUUGUCAUGCAGCUUUGCUAGAGUUCGUGCUCUCACAACAAUGCCGCCAGUCUCAUUUCGCGACACCGCUCCAGUUCUUACUGUAAACAGCAGCGGCUUCAGCUCGCGAGGUGAACCACAUCGUCUUAAUUUCCCUUAAAUAUUGACCGCCAGUGUUUGUCACCUUGCAUAAGACUUCCUCAAAGAUUGACCGCCGCUGUAAAUGGAGUAAACACUGCUGCACAGCAACAUUUCAUGGCCUGUAGCUGCCCGGACGGAGGACUAUGCAGAGGUAGCCACAUCUGAUUCCAGAGGACGACCGCCGAGGACAGCAGCCGUGUCUGUCAGUUGUUUACAUCCAAAGUGUUUCGGUGAAACAAAGGACAAUGGAGUCCGCGAGGAGCGCCUUCCACGCUCAGCUGGCCUCCGUCAUGGACUCGCUGCUGGCGGCCGCCGUGUGCGAGAUCGCCAAGAUCUUCGAGAGCAGCCUGUGUGAGCAGCAGGCGGAGCUGGCGCAGAAGACGGAGGAGAUCUCCGUGCUCCGAUGCAAGCUGGACAAGGUGGAGAAGAGGCAGAAGGUGAAGGGUGCAGGGAGCGAGGAUGGAGAGCUGUCCUCUGGAGACAGAGAGGGCAGCGCGAGGCAGCAGACCCUGACUGGAGCAGGACCAAGUGUGGAAAAAGAUUUGUCCUCGCCUUCAGAUCCUUUAGAUGGGCUCUGCAGGCUGAAGGAGGAGGUCCCAGGUCAAGAUGGAGUUUUGAUAAAACAUGAGCGUGCAGCAUCGCGCUUGAACCAGGCCUCUGCCGCAGCCCAGACGUCGGAGGAAAGCCUGUCUGCAGCAGAGCAGAAGCAGAUCGAUGCCCUGUCUACUAUACAGGUCAAAACAAAAUUAACCCAUUGGGAUCAGAGCGCUCGUGGUGCAGACCGAAGACUUCUUCGGGAUCAAGGCUCUACCCCUUUUCUCGCCAUCUCUCAGAGUGGCCGUUGCUCCCCAAGGACUGACCCAAGCCUAGCUCAACCAGGGGAGUGGUUGGCUGGGCUGGAGCCCACCCGAGGAGGUGUGACCAGUCUGGAGAACCUGCAGGCGGAUGGCAGCAGCACUGGAGGAGACGCGUCUUGUUUCCGACCUGGUUUUGGAUCGGAUGAAACCAGCAAUGAAGGUGAAGAAUCUUUUCCAUUCCUGGACCAAGAGCCGGAGAACCAGAACUCUGAUCAGAAUUCAGUGCAGGGACAGGGCGUGGGACAAAGGGGGACUCAACAGGAUCAGUCCCAACUCACUUCCAGUGACUCACCAUGGAGAUCAAGAGACGACAGAAGCGGGCGAGGGCCCGUUAAUAACACACGGCGAAUCACAAAUUUUGGCAACAGAGACCCUCUCCGGCUGCAGUUGAAUUCACAGUCGCUCACUCUGCGACACUCAAUCACUCUGAAUCACCCUCCGGCCUCUGGCGGAGGGACGGGACGCCCUUACACCUGCCCCUACUGCACAAAGUGCUUCACCUACCCCUCGCACCAGCGCAGACAUCUUCUACGCCACACUGGCGUCAGGCUGCAUCCCUGUCAGUUUUGUGAGAAGAGCUUCCUUACACCCUCUGAGCUCACUGUACACACUCGCACACACACAGGAGAGCGGCCUUUUGGCUGUACCCAGUGUGGCAAGCGGUUCGCCCGCAGUGGAAACUUGAGAGCCCACCAACGGGACGUUCACAUGGGGAAGAGGCCCUUUGCCUGCACCGAGUGUGGAAAAAGAUUUGCCCACAGGGGGAACCUGAGGGUGCAUAAUCACAGAGUCCAUCAAGGAGAUCCCUACUACUUGGACGACCAGCCUGAGCCUGACAUUGGGCCGAAUCCCAUUUAAUGAAAAU